UACAAUCACAAAUCAUCCACCAAGCUAAUCCCAACCAACACUUCCCACCAUUCCAUCUCCGCUAGUCCUGCCCAAAUGGCAUCUCUUUCAUCCGAAACCAGUCUCUCGGAGAACAACCAUCAUCAUCAAGCCCUCCUCAUGUCACUAUUAGAAGAGUCGUUGCUACAAGUUGAAGAGUAUAACGAUGACGAAAGGUUGAGGAAUGUAAUCAAAUCUCUUGAAGCAGAGAUCGAUGGUAUUCCCGACAUGAUCAUGGAAGAUCACAUUUCAAGUGAAAGUGCCGACAACAAUGAUGAUUGCUACUACAAUCCCGACCUAUCCCUUGAUGAUUAUGAACUCGAUUGGGUCGAAGAUAUGGAAGCACGUCCUUCGAUCAUGCCACAUGAUGGCGCCUACAAUGAUCACGAUGUUUGGUCAAGGAUGGAAGGCUCCCUGCAGAGUUAUGAGGGGAUGAUGCUAUUCGAUGAGUUUGGAGGUCAUGGUAUCCAACACCUAGUACAAGAGGGUCAUUGGUAUGGAAGCUCCUUAUGUCAGGAAACAUUUUCUCAGUGAGACAUCCACUAUGUAAAGUUAACUAGAUCAUCUUUUUCCCCAUCAUUUUACAUGGGAUUUUUCAAUUUGACUAUGGACUUCUGCUCUCUUGUUGGAAGGUGUGAUAAGUGAAUCCACAAAGUAAAAAUACUGGCAAGUGGCAGGAGAGUAUAGUUAAUGUACUCUUUCUAAUCAAACAGCAGGAUAUUC